CUCCACUCUCCAGUCAAGUCAAGUCAGACUGGCACUCGCAGUGUUUUUAUCAAACUCCGUGUUUAACUAACUUACUUUUCUCUUUUCUUUAGCUAGUUGAAGUUUUCAGAUUCUUCACUGAAGAAUAUUGAUUGUUUUUGCAGUUAUUUAUUCAUUCUUAAACAGCGGAGUCAAUGACUCUUUAAGGUGUAUUGUUCUAGUUGUAAUUUAAUUAAUUAGUUGGACCGUGGAAUUGGACAUGGAACGACAUACAUCGUAUGAAGUUCAGGCUCCGCAACCGGAGAUGAACAACAGUGUGAACCUAACGGUAGUCUUGCCACCUGAAGCUCCUCCAGUUCACUCUCUGCGCAUUGAUCCUCCAACCUUCCAGAUGUCUAUGUGUUCUCCUCAUCAAGUGUCAAUGGUUGAAGAUGACAUUCCGCCACCAAAAGCAGAUUUUUCUGCUCCACCUCCUUAUGACUUGGCAACAAAGUUGCCAACAUAUGAAGAAGUUCAACGUGAAAAGACUCUUCAAGGGGAACUUCCAUUGCCGAGGAGUAGUGCAGCUCACAGACCUCAGACCCUGGCCUUCCUUGCCAUUGACACAGACACAGUCGAGUCAGACGGGGAAAACAGUCUCCUCGGUACCGAUUUCAUGUUCUCUUUGGCAUUUUUUGUGGCAUUCCUGUUUAACUGGAUCGGAUUUCUCCUGCUGAUGUGCUUCUGCCACACAGUAGCAGCUCGCUAUGGAGCCCUGUCUGGGUUUGGCCUGUCUCUCGCUAAGUGGACUCUCAUAGUCAAACAGUCCACAGACCUUGCUUCUCAUGAGAACAGCUGGCUCUGGUGGCUUGUCAUGACAUUUGGACUGCUGAUCUGUGUCCGUGCCAUCAUACAGUAUCUAAACAUCAAGCGAGGCUGGAGGUUGUUGUCUGGCUCAGCUCAAGAACGGCUCCUUUUCUUCUACUAACCUUCUCUGUCUGCUAUGCUACCCUACUAUAACUUGUAUGUGUUGGUUCCAGGACUAUUGAUCUGUGUCCGUGCCAUCAUACAGUAUCUAAACAUCAAGCGAGGCUGGAGGUUGUUGUCUGGCUCAGCUCAAGAACGGCUCCUUUUCUUCUACUAACCUUCUCUGUCUGCUAUGCUACCCUACUAUAACUUGUAUGUGUUGGUUCCAGGACUGCUGAUCUGUGUCCGUGCCAUCAUACAGUAUCUAAACAUCAAGCGAGGCUGGAGGUUGUUGUCUGGCUCAGCUCAAGAACGGCUCCUUUUCUUCUACUAACCUUCUCUGUCUGCUAUGCUACCCUACUAUAACUUGUAUGUGUUGGUUCCAGGACUGCUGAUCUGUGUCCGUGCCAUCAUACAGUAUCUAAACAUCAAGCGAGGCUGGAGGUUGUUGUCUGGCUCAGCUCAAGAACGGCUCCUUUUCUUCUACUAACCUUCUCUGUCUGCUAUGCUACCCUACUAUAACUUGUAUGUGUUGGUUCCAGGACUGCUGAUCUGUGUCCGUGCCAUCAUACAGUAUCUAAACAUCAAGCGAGGCUGGAGGUUGUUGUCUGGCUCAGCUCAAGAACGGCUCCUUUUCUUCUACUAACCUUCUCUGUCUGCUAUGCUACCCUACUAUAACUUGUAUGUGUUGGUUCCAGGACUGCUGAUCUGUGUCCGUGCCAUCAUACAGUAUCUAAACAUCAAGCGAGGCUGGAGGUUGUUGUCUGGCUCAGCUCAAGAACGGCUCCUUUUCUUCUACUAACCUUCUCUGUCUGCUAUGCUACCCUACUAUAACUUGUAUGUGUUGGUUCCAGGACUGCUGAUCUGUGUCCGUGCCAUCAUACAGUAUCUAAACAUCAAGCGAGGCUGGAGGUUGUUGUCUGGCUCAGCUCAAGAACGGCUCCUUUUCUUCUACUAACCUUCUCUGUCUGCUAUGCUACCCUACUAUAACUUGUAUGUGUUGGUUCCAGGACUAUUGAUCUGUGUCCGUGCCAUCAUACAGUAUCUAAACAUCAAGCGAGGCUGGAGGUUGUUGUCUGGCUCAGCUCAAGAACGGCUCCUUUUCUUCUACUAACCUUCUCUGUCUGCUAUGCUACCCUACUAUAACUUGUAUGUGUUGGUUCCAGGACUGCUGAUCUGUGUCCGUGCCAUCAUACAGUAUCUAAACAUCAAGCGAGGCUGGAGGUUGUUGUCUGGCUCAGCUCAAGAACGGCUCCUUUUCUUCUACUAACCUUCUCUGUCUGCUAUGCUACCCUACUAUAACUUGUAUGUGUUGGUUCCAGGACUGCUGAUCUGUGUCCGUGCCAUCAUACAGUAUCUAAACAUCAAGCGAGGCUGGAGGUUGUUGUCUGGCUCAGCUCAAGAACGGCUCCUUUUCUUCUACUAACUUUCUCUGUCUGCUAUGCUACCUCACCACUUCUUGUAAAUACCUAACACUUUCACCCAAAGUCAUAUUUGUUAAUACAUCACAGUUAAAAUCUUGCUGUACAUCUUGGUUCUUGGUUGUGAUAUUAUAAUUGUUAUGUAUUUGAUGUUCCCUGAGGAUCUAGAAACAAUGUUCAAGAUUUAGAUUUGAUUCGGCAGUUCAGCAAUAUAAGUUUAACUUAACAGUUGUAUCAAAUUUUUAAGUUUAGUGACUCUGAGAGACUGCUAAGGCUCACUUAUGAUUCUUACAAUGUCUAACGAAUUGAAAUUAAUAGCACAAUGUUGAGGUUACCAUCUUUGGAAUAACUUGUUUAACGCCACAUCUAAUUAUAUUCAUAGUUUCUUUGGACUGAAUUUAGAUCUGUGGUAAUUAGGAUUUUAGGACUUGUCUUUUUUGUUAUAGGUUUUAUUUUUAUUAAACAUUGAAGUGGUUAUGUUGUAAUUUUGACUUGUAAGCUUUAAUCAACUUUGUCAAUUGAGAAUUGAUGCAUGAUUUGCACUGUCAAAGUAUAAACAGUUAUCCUAAAAAUGUUUCAUCCUUUUAUCAAUUUCUACUAAAUAUUGUUGAUUCUGGUUUGACAAAAUCAUUAAUUGAUGAAUGUAUAAAAGAGCCGCAUUUCUAUGAUGUUUGCUCCAGCCUAUUUUUAAUCAUGAUGAUAUCCCAACUUCAUUUUUGAAUUUUAUUUAUAUAGGUUGACUUUAGAACUUUUAGUUUAAUUUGAAAACUGACCCUUGCAUAUGAUCAAAUGAUCAAAAUUUUAUUGUACAGGAACAUGUGCUAAUCCUUUAUAUUUAAGUUGUAUUUUAAUAAGAUGGUUUGUACCACAUUACCUAGAAUAACUCAAUGGAAAGUGACAUAAUUAUAUACAUGUUUUAUAGAUGUGUGCUGCAAAUUUUUUAAUUUGAUUGUUGGUGAAAUAAUCAGAUUUUCAGCAUUUCUGCCUCCUUCACAUGUUUUAUGUUAUUUACUCCAUUGUAAUGUUAUUCUAGGUAGUGUGCUUGAGAGAAAUCUGUAUUGUAUUAAGCUAAGGCAAUAGGGAUUAGGCUGAAUAUUUAUAUAUUAUUUACACUUUAAAAUGUACUGUUAGUUAAGAGAGUGUAUAGCAUUUAGGACUGUUAAGUUGUAUUUAUUUAGAUCACACACUUUUGUUUUAAAUGAUUCCUGAAUACUUAGGUGUUUAAACAUUUGUUUGUAAAGUGUACAAAAUAUUCCAUUUGUGAAUGAUGCUUUUAGUUAAGUAUCGUGUAGAAAAUUAUAUAUUUUGUGUUGUUUUAUGCAAUAAAAAUUUAUAUUUGAAA